AAUUCGUUUGUCAACAAAACAAAUCUUUGAGACUGUUAAAGUGAUACUGGUAGUGGUAGACUAGCCAAAAUCUGAUAUAUUUUGACACAAAAGUAUGAUUGAUGGCUAUUCCUAGACACUCCCUUAGGCUUUGCUUGAAAUCCAUAGUGUUUACCUCUUCAAGUUCCUCUAAACAGCUUCCUCCAAGUCUCAUCAACUUCAAACAAACUGUAUCAGCCAGUACUUUAAGUGGAAGAUCAUCUAGGUCAUCUUGUAUUUUAAGAGCAGACGGUCAGAUGUCAGGAAGUCAACAACAGAGUAAACCAGUCUCUACAACACCUGUUACCAUGGCAACAGACAAGAUUGAGGCAGUUGUCUGUGAUGCUGACGAGCUCAAGUCAGGAGAGAUGAAGGAGGUAGAUGUGGGCGGGGCUGGAACUGCGUUACUAGUUAGAGACGGGGCAGAUUACUACGCCAUUGGUCCCAAAUGUUCACAUUAUGGUGCUCCACUGUCGAAAGGUGUAUUAUGUAAUGGAAGAGUUCGCUGCCCCUGGCAUGGAGCUUGUUUUAAUGUUAAGACAGGGGAUAUAGAGGAAUUUCCAGGACUGGAUAGUGUCCCUUCAUUUAAGGUUGAAGUUUCCGAUGGUAAAGUUAAGAUCCAUGCAGACAAAGCAGCGCUCGCCAACACGAAAUAUCAGAAGUCGAUGUGUAAAGCAGCGCCGGGAAACAAGAAUGUUGUGAUAAUCGGAGGGGGACCAGCCUCCGUGGCAUGUGUCGAGACCCUCCGACAAGAGGGAUUCCAGGGAGAUAUCACAAUCUGUACCAAGGAUAAAUACAUUCCAUAUGAUAGAAUCAAAUUGAGUAAGGCAAUGGACAUUAAACCAGAUGCAAUCGCAUUAAGAAAUGCUGACUUCUACAAAUCAAAUGACAUCACAGUAAAAACUGAUUGUGAGGUGAAGUCAGUUGAUACGUCCAAUAAAAGUGUUAGUUUUGUUGAUGGCAGUUCUUCUAAAUACGACACAUUAAUGAUUGCAACUGGGGGACAACCUCGUGUUUUACCUAUCCCAGGUGUGGAUUUACAAAAUGUGUUCAGUUUACGAACACCAGAUGAUGCUAACAAAAUUGCGGAGGCUGCCAACGGAAAAAAUGUAGUGAUAAUUGGGUCCUCUUUUAUUGGGCUAGAAGUGGCUUCGUAUAUGUCUGCAAAAGCGAGCAAUGUUCAUGUUUUGUGUCGCACUGAUUGCCCGUUAGAGAAUAUAUUCGGAAAAAAAGUUGGGCAAGUAUUUAAAAAGAUGCAUGAGGAGAAAGGAGUUAAGUUCCACUUUGAAGCAGGUAUUAAGGAAUUUAUAGGACAAAAUGGCAAAUUAUCAGAAGCAGUGCUGUCAAAUGGGACCAAAAUACCAGCUGAUGUUGCCAUACUGGGUGUAGGUGUUGUACCAGCUACUGCUUUCCUCAAGGAUUCUGGUAUUAAAAUGACGGAUCGGGGAUUUGUGCCGGUUAAUGAGAACAUGGCAACAGAUCAGGCCGAUGUUUAUGCAGCAGGAGACAUUGUUGAAUUCCCGCUCUUUACAGUUGGUGGAACAAAUGUUAACAUUCAACAUUGGCAGAUGGCCCAUGCUCAUGGAAGGACAGCAGCUUACAGCAUUAUGGGUAAAAAACAACCAAUCAGAAGUGUUCCCUAUUUCUGGACUGUCCAAUAUGGCAAGAGUGUGAGAUACACAGGUUAUGGUCCAGGUUAUGAUGAUGUUGUUGUUCAUGGUGAUCUUGAUGACAUGAAAUUUGUAGCAUUUUAUACAAAGGGAGAAGAUGUUGUUGCAGUUGCCAGCUUGAACUUUGACCCCAUUGUAUCACAGGCAGCUGAAAUGUUCCAGGCAGGAAAGAAAAUAUCCAAAUCUGAAAUCAAGACAGAUCCAAAGUCUUGGGUAUCUCGACUGUAGAUUUAAAAAAAAAUAAAAUAAAAAACAUUUGAAAUGAACAUCUGCUGUUUUUUGAAAUGAACAUCUGCUGUUUUUUUAAAUGAACAUCUGCUGUUUUUUGAAAUGAGCAUCUGCUGUUUUUUGAAAUGAACAUCUGCUGUUUUUUGAAAUGAACAUCUGCUGUUUUUUGAAAUGAACAUCUGCUGUUUUUUUAAAUGAACAUCUGCUGUUUUUUGAAAUGAACAUCUGCUGUUUUUUGAAAUGAACAUCUGCUGUUUUUUGAAAUGAACAUCUGCUGUUUUUUGAAUGAACAUCUGCUGUUUUUUGAAUGAACAUCUGCUGUUUUUUGGGAGUAUUGGUUAUUGAAGCAGGUUAGUUUAUUUAUUGUGGUGGACAUUAUUUCUAUCUAUAUAGAAAGUGCAGGUCAACAUUGUUCGAAUUGUCUUAUCUAAAAAAUUUAAAGUUUGUUUUAUUUUGAAGAAUGAAAAACAUGGGGACAGUAUCACGUGACUUUUUAAGCAUUUAUUUGUAGGUAUGCAAAUUGUGAAAAUUACCAUAUGCUUAAGCAAAGUAAAUUGUUUUAUUGUUUAACUGGAAGAGCUUAAUGUUUAUAAAGCAAAUGAAGGAAAAUUUGCAUUUCGUGCCAUUGAGUAGAAUAAUUUAUGUAGCUCUGAUGAAUAUUAUGCAAAUAUGUUAACAUAUGAUUUUCAAGUGGCAUGCCAUAGAUUAGUAUAAAACAAUCUUUAAAAAAUCAAACUUAUGAAAUAUUUUAUAUAAUUAUACAGUUUAUAUGACUUUGAAUAUAUACAAUUAUGAAUUAAUUAUACAAAAUAUGAAAGAAUUUUGUACUUUUAUCACCAAAUGUCUACCCUGUUAUACAUGUAAAUAGAGUAAUAGAAAAAUAGGUAAUUUAUGUGGAUUGUAAAUAAAGAUGCUAGAUCAAAGCACUUAAUUUGUACCCAUAUCAACAUUUUUACUUGGGCAACAUUAUACACUGUAGGGAUGCUGCUUUAAUGUUGUAUUUCUGUGAGUUUUGUUUAUAUUCAGGUUAUAUUUAUACAGAAAUAAUACCAUGCUUACAGUAUUGUAUUUAUUUACUUAAUCAAAGCAAUAAAGUUUAUUUCCUGUU